AUGGUCUAUGGACGGAGUAUAGCAAUUGGCGUUUUGUUUUUGGCCAUUAUUUGUGCAUUGUCAGCUUUAAUAUUUUAUCUAAGUUUGGGACCCUGUCCUCAUGGUACAUUUGCCUGCGAUAAUGGUGAAUUGUGUGUGUUACAGCGACAAAUCUGUAACAAUCACAGGGAUUGUCAUGAUGGCAGCGAUGAAGAUCCCGUUGAGUGUGGCCUACUUUAUGGCAGUCGUGAAAUGACCAAUAAAAUAGUGGGAAAUGCCAUUGAAAAACAACGACGUCAACAACAACUAACUACCACAGCAACCAACAGCACUAGCGUGGACAGUAACACAGUAACUCGUUUAGGGCGAAUACAACAGGGAGAGCAGGAAUUUAAUUUAAACAAACAUUUACAACAAAAUAUUACAAAGUCUACGACGGCCAUUACAAUGCCAGCGUCUACAACGACGCCCGCAACAACAAGUAUUAAUGUGAAUAAUACCAGUCGUAUUAUUUGUGUUUCAUUAAUAGAAAUCUCAACAUAUCCAAAACAAUGUACCUGCCUUAAAUCAUUAAUUUUUUGUAAAAAUACUGCAAAACUAACAAAAAUACCUGAAAUUGGACAACAAGUUACUGACAUAAUCAUCAUUGACAACAAUUUGACAUUGCAAGCAAAUGAUUUGCAAUAUUUUACCAAACUAAGAAGAUUAAAACUAAAAGCGAAUAACAUUAAAGAAUUGCCCCUGGGUUUAUUUCAGCAUUUGGAUCAAUUAAAAACUCUUGAUUUACGUUACAAUCAAUUGACCAUUUUGCAGCCCUUUACCUUUAAAGGUUUGAUAAAUCUUCAAUGGCUGUUUCUGGGUUCAAAUCGUUUAACAUGUUUGCCGGUUAAAGAAAUGUUUUUAAAUUUGCCACGUUUGGAGUGGUUACAUUUAAGUGAUAAUUUAUUGUCAUUGAAUGGCAGCAAUUUUCCACGCAUGCAGGUUUUGUAUGAAUUAUAUUUGGACUAUAAUAGAAUAUUAUAUAUUGGCGAGGAAACUUUUGCACAAUUGGAUAAUUUGCAUUUACUAAGUUUAAAUGGAAAUCUUAUUACACAUAUACAUCCAAGAGCAUUUUGGGGCUUGCAAAAUAUAAGAGAUAUACGUUUAAUUAAUAACCCCCUGAAGCACUUAAGUGGAGAAACGUUUUUUAAUAAUUAUCAUUUGGAUGCUUUAUCCUUGGGCCACACCCCCUUAAGAAUAGAAAAUUCCUUUAUGCAAUGGCUGAAUAUUUCUUAUUUAAAUCUGACUGGCAUACGUUUCGAAAUGAUCGAAUUUGAUACGAUUAAAGUAAUGCACAAUUUAAAGUAUAUAAUCUAUGAUCGUUUCUAUUUCUGUUCGAUGACACCGAAUGUGCGCAUGUGCAAACCCAAUUCGGAUGGUGUGUCUUCGUUUAAGGAUCUGCUCAGUAAACCGGUUUUACGUUAUUCGGCUUGGAUAAUGGCUUUUAUAACCAUAACCGGUAAUAUCAUGGUGCUGUGGGGUCGUUUUAUAUAUCGUGAUGAAAAUAAAGCGGUGACUAUGGUUAUAAGGAAUCUGGCAUUGGCGGAUAUUUUAAUGGGGUUUUAUUUGUUGACGAUUGGUUUGCAGGAUAUACGUUACAGGAAUAUAUAUCAUAGGGUUGCUUUAGACUGGAUCACUUCAUGGCAUUGUGCGGCCAUUGGUGUAUUAGCAGUCAGUUCCUCAGAAGUUUCUAUGCUCAUAUUGGCCUUUAUGUCUUUGGAGCGUUUUCUGCUAAUAGCCGAUCCAUUUCGUGGCCAUCAUCGCAUCAGUGCCCGAAACAUAUUUAUAGCUUUACUCACCAUUUGGCUAAUGGGUGUGGGUAUAGCAGUGGCUCCCGUCAUCCUCUGGCAUUCGAGUACAAAAUUCUAUGGCACAUAUUCGGGCACCUGUUUCCCGCUACACAUACAGGAACCUUACCCGCUGGGUUGGCAGUAUUCGGCCUUUAUGUUUUUGGGUGUCAAUCUAUUUUUGUUGGUAAUGAUUGCUCUGCUGUAUACCGCAUUAUUGAUAUCGAUAUGGCGUACACGUAAGGCGACACCACUGUCGCUGUUGGAUUGUGAAUUUGCUGUGCGUUUUUUCUUUAUUGUCCUGACAGAUGUUUUAUGUUGGGCGCCCAUAAUUGUCGUUAAAAUCUGGGUUUUCUUUAAUUACAACAUUUCGGAUGACAUUUAUGCUUGGCUGGUGGUUUUUAUUUUGCCGCUAAAUUCAGCUGUUAAUCCUCUUUUGUAUACGUUUACAACACCCAAAUAUCGUAAUCAAAUUUUAUCGCGUGGUUGGAAGAAAAUUACCUCACGUCGCCGGCAUGAGCCAUCAAAUGGUUUAGCGACAACAAUUGCAACAGCUACAGAUGAAUACAGUGGCAAGGCCAUACCUCUAGUCGUAACGAAAUAA